AGGGACGGUAGUUGACAGCUGUGAUGCGUCAGGUUCGGAACUCAGAGAGAACGUUCGGCCUGUUAGCGGAAACGUUUGUUUGACGUGUUAAAAGCAUCGGGAAUAUUUGUUGUCCUAAAAACGGAAUACCAUUCGGGACCCUAUCUCUCGUCACGGAGAUUCUGAUUGCGUCAUAGCACCAAAUCCGUGUCGGAAAAAGACAUUCUAAAGAAGAAAAAUAACGCUGGAAUUCUUAGCUUAGUAGUUUAUACGUCGGGGAAGCAGAAGAAAAAAGGAUAAAAGGUUUCGAUGUUUGGAGAUCGCCGUUAUCAGGAAACAUAAUGGAAGGGCGCGUCCGCAGCAGGCGUCGACGGCGCUCCGACCAGAGCCGCAUGGACACCACGGACGGAGCCAACACCACCUUGGACACCACUCUGGACACCACGCUAGAACACCACCAUCACCACCACCACGGGCACCACCAUCACCACACGCACGACCAUGAGCACCAUCAGCACGACCACGACCACCUGCACCACCGCCCUCACCACCACCACCACCGCGAGGAGGAGCGCCACGAGAGGUCGCGGCCGUCGCGGAGGAGGACGAAGGAGACAACUGUAACAUCAAGUGAGAGCAGAGAGACGACCACCUAUCGGACCACAACGGACUCCAGAAGCCAGGCUGCAACACAGGUGGAUGCAAAUGGAGGCAUAGGAGGCAUCGCGGAAACUGUCCGGAACAGUGUGCUGGGAUUCUUUACUCCGACCAAAAAUACCUCGCUACCUGCAAUUGUAGAAUCAUCUGAAUCAGGCUUUGAAGAAGGGAGUCUCACAGGUGAAACGGUUGUUGCCUCGUCACCAAACUCGGAGAGAUUUGUGUCCGCUCGGGAAUUCUUCAAAGAGGCAGACACUCGAGAAAGGUUGACCAGUGAUUACUUUAGUGGGAGUGAUACACCAUCAAAAUUAAGGGAGAGCACUCGCCGUUUAAGCCUCUGCAAACCCAACAAUCCCUACAUUGCAUAUUCGUCAGAUGAAGAAUUUGAUGAUUGGAAACAACAACCCAAGUCAGACUACACCUAUAGUACCUCACUCACCUACCGUGAUCGAGUGACCCCAGACCGGAAGAUCGGGUCCCCAAACAUGUCCCGUCGGUCUCUUAGGGGUGGGAAUGUGGGCUACCUCAAAUCCCCAGAUUUCUCAACCGCUGGGUUAGACGAUGAACUCACCACCAGUAGCCUUAAUCUCAGGAACCGAGCAGUACUUAGGUCCAUGGAUGCUCUCUCAGAUACCAGCGAUGCUGAAGAUACGCAGGAACAGCUUAUCAUACCCAGGAGAAGAUCCAGUCGGAGUCGAAGUAUUGAUGUCAUGCCAAAGUCAAAUGGCACAGCAAUGAGCAGAACAAUAACGUCUUCAACUUACACAACCACAAGAACCCUUCACCGUGGCCUUGAUGCAGACAGUGAUGUUGAUGAUGGCAGUGAGUCUACAGUCCCAAUUCGUGCAACACCAUUGACGGCAAGAGGUGGAACACCCCUUGGCCGAUCCUCAACACCACUCACUAGUUUGAGAAGCAGAUCAACACUCACUGCUGAAAAUACCAGAGGAGGCUACACUUUGGCAAAGGGGGCCAUUGCUGAAGACAUCGAGGAAGAAGAUGAGAAACCCAAAAAUACUAUUGUGGCAUGGAGUCAGAAGACCUGGGAGACUGUGGUGCGAAUCACAAUGAUAAUGACCACCUCAGUGAUAGCCAUGGCCACAAGAGCAGUUACAGCCACUACCUCAAAUAAAGUCGAUGAAGAUUCCCAAUCAGAGAAGGCCUCUCAGUCAUCAUUCAUAUCCAGAAUUAACACAACACGAAGGAGGAUGAUAUCCUCGACGACUGAGUACUGGGAAUCGACAAAGGAACGCCUAAGGAAGAACCCCAUUCUCAUCUGGAUUCCGUUGCUGCUGCUCCUCCUUUUAUUGGCUCUUGUGGGUUGCAACAUACCAAGCUCUCCAACCAACAGUACUCAGUCUACUAAUAAUACUAUUAAUAAUUCUCUAAUAACUUGAGUAUUUCCUUUCCUCUGAUAAAAAAAAGAAACUUGGAAGCUCUUUUAUUUUUUUCUUGUCUCUUUUCAUUCCUCUGAGAUAGUAUUAUGGGAAUCACCAAUGCCCAGUCUCAAAAUGAGUAUUGGUUUACACAUAAGUGCUAGUUGGCAUUUGUAAAAUAAGUGCUGCGUGUAGUGCACUUAAAGUAUGAUGUGUGAUUAGCAUGUGGUAGUUUGCUAUCAUAGUUGAAGUAUUACCUGUAAAGUUUUGUAACUGCAUGUGCCAUGUUAAUCAGACUGCAUGAUAGCAGUAUGUAUGAGAUAUAUUACUAAUAUUUACGUAGAGAGGGCUUUCUGCUAAGUUAAGAUUUCUUCUCUCAAGUAAAAUAUGGUUACCAAGAUUAAGAAAUCCCCUCUUUUAUGCUUGUAAACCAUUCACCUGAUAACAUGAGCCAAGAAAGCAGUUAAAUUAGUUGCCUGAUGCUUAAAAAGGAUUCCAAGCUACAGAUGCUAUAUAAAAAAAUAUAUAUACUGUCACCCAUAACCAGAUUAAUUUGUUGGUAUAUCAUAUUUUAGUUUAUACUUCUGUAUUUGUUUUGAUAUUAUAUAAAAAGUUGAAGUAAAAAUGGAAUUAUUGGGACUAAAAGAAA